AAUUUCCUGGAAUCUGUGACAGCUUUUACCCCAAAAAUUCAAUCCGCCCUCUCCGACGCGCGCCUCGAUACCCUCCGCUGCGGCCAUGAAUCGAACAAUCCGUCGGCAUCUCCAGUGCUAAGGGGCUCCUAGCAGAGCCGUAUUCUCCCCUUCAACGCCCUCCGUCAUGGUUUCGGGAGCGGUGCGCCGCGCCGUGCUGCUCCCGCGCCGUGUUGGCGCCGGCCGUGGCCCAGCUCAAUUGCACCCUCCGAGCACCCCCCCGCGGGGCCCAACCUCUGACACCCAUGUCCGCACCAGAGGUGACUUUUCCAAGAGCCUGACGCCCGCCUCCCGUCUGCCGCCUCCGCGAGCGCCGGCCUUUGCGAGUACGCCCUCGAUAGCAGGACUUUUCUUCAAACCCCCUCCCGCAGAUGCCUUGACGGCCUUCGUCGGGCUGGGACGCCGCUGGGGCGCCCAGGCGGGCAUCCUGAGGGGAUUCUGCACAGGCCCAGCACUAUAUAGGCAGGUGGAUGUAGAUGUCACGUCUGCCAAGGGGCGGUCUGCGGCGCCCGCUCAGCCAGGCACCGCAUCAAAGGCUGUUGCCGUUAGGGAUGCGCAGGGCGGUGCGGUGGCAAAGAAGCCAGCAAACCCGGAGGCCGGCUCGGACGAGGAGCCGGGCCAGGUCGAGUUUGCCAAGAGCGAGAAGGCGCUCAAGGCGUCCCAGGUCAACAUGCGUGCGCGGCUGUCUAAGGAGAGCAAGACCGGCCAGCCCACCAGGGCCGGCUGGGCCGAGAUCUGGAGGCUGCUGAAGAUCGCGCGGCCCGAACUCAAGUGGCUGGGCGUGGCCUUUGCCUUCCUUCUCAUGUCGUCGGGCGUCACCAUGUCGAUCCCCUUCUCGGUCGGCCGCAUCCUGGACCUCGCGACGCAGGGCAAUGUCGAGGACACGCGCAUCCUGGGCCUGACGAUGACGCAGUUCUUUCUGGGCUUUGCUACGUUCCUGACGGUCGGCGCCGUUGCCAACUUUGGCCGCAUCAUCCUCCUCCGCAUUGUGGGCGAGCGCGUGGUGGCGCGCCUGCGUUCGCAGCUGUACCGCCGCACCUAUACGCAGGACGCCGAGUUCUUCGACGCGAACCGCGUCGGCGACCUCAUCUCACGCCUCAGCUCCGACAGCGUCAUUGUCGGCAAGAGCAUCACGCAGAACGUGUCGGACGGUAUGCGCUCGCUCGUCAGCGGCUGCGCCGGCGGCAUGGCCAUGCUUUGGCUGAGCCCCAAGCUGACGUCAAUCCUGCUGCUCAUGUUCCCGCCCAUCGCCAUCGGCGCCUUCAUCUACGGCCGCGCCAUCCGCAACAUCAGCCGACAGAUCCAGCGUAACCUGGGCACCCUGACCAAGAUUGCCGAGGAGCGGCUGGGCAACAUCAAGACGAGCCAGGCCUUCGUCGGCGAGAUCCAGGAGGUCCACCGGUACAACGCGCAGAUCAAGAAGAUCUUUGCGCUUGGCCGGCGCGAGUCCCUCGUGGCCGCCACCUUUUUCGGCUCCACGGGCUGGGCCGGUAACAUGACCAUUCUCGCUAUGCUUGUUGUGGGUGGCAACCAGGUGCGGUCCGGCGCCAUGUCUCUCGGAGACCUCACGUCGUUCAUGAUGUACACAGCCUUUGCUGGAUCCAGCCUGUUUGGUGUUUCAGGAUUCUACAGUGAACUGAUGAAGGGCGUUGGCGCUGCCAGCAGGCUGUUUGAGCUGCAGGACCGAGAUCCGACGAUCCCGUCCACAGUUGGAACCAAGGUCAAGUCGGCGCAGGGCCCAAUCAAGUUCUCCAACGUCAGUUUUGCGUAUCCGACGCGCCCCGCGGUCAACAUCUUCAACGGGCUGGACUUUGAAAUACCGUCUGGCAGCAACGUGUGCGUGGUCGGCCCGUCGGGUGGCGGCAAGUCGACGGUAGCCGGACUCCUUCUGCGCUUCUACAACCCAACGUCAGGCUCUAUCACAAUCAACGGCGUGGACAUCUCCAAGAUGAACGCCAAGUCCCUCCGGCGGCGCAUCGGCAUGGUGGCCCAGGAACCGGUGCUAUUCUCGGGCACGAUCGCAGAGAACAUCUCGUACGGGCGACCCGAGGCGACGCGGGCCGAGAUCGUGGCUGCGGCGCAAAAGGCCAACUGCGGCUUCAUCGGCGAUUUCCCCGAAGGACUAGAGACGCAAGUCGGGGCGCGCGGAGCGCAGCUUUCGGGUGGACAGAAGCAGCGCAUCGCCAUCGCGCGGGCACUGAUCAAAGACCCGGACAUCCUGAUCCUGGACGAGGCGACGUCGGCCCUGGACGCCGAGUCGGAGACACUGGUCAACUCGGCGCUGGCGCAGCUGCUGCAGGGCCGCAACACGACCAUCUCGAUCGCGCACCGGCUGUCGACCAUCAAGCGGUCAGACCGCAUCAUUGUGCUCUCGACCGAGGGCAAAGUGGCUGAGACUGGCAGCUACGCCGAGCUUAGCGCUAAUAAGGAGAGCGCAUUUAGCAAGCUCAUGGAGUGGCAGCUGAGCGGCGGCGACGUCAUUGAGCCCAGGGCGCCCCGGAGCAGCGGUCAUAUCACCGAGGCCGAGGAGAUUUCGGAGGACCUUGAGGCCGAGGACGAAGAUGCGGCCGAGGAGCCGGAAGAGUCGGACAAGAGCAGUCAGAAGAACAAGAACUAGAACUGAUGGGAUGGAAAGCGUAUUGAAAGGAAGGAAGAAAAAGGGGAAAUCUCUAUUGACUCUUCCUUUUGCGCAAAAGCGAUACUCCCUGAGAUAGGGAAAGAGAUAAUGGUGUACUCCUACAAACAUAUCUACGUCUGUUGACUGUUGUAACUAGAUAUACGAUAGAGGCGGCCCCUGACCGCUUCGGCUACUAGGUUUCCGUCUGGGCUGUAGGGGGCCCGAUACAAACGAGGGCACUCUCCACUCACGGCGAGGCGAGGCGACGAUGGGUGCUGAAGAGACAUAUAUACGCAAGGAGAAGGUUAGAUCAAGACUAACAGGAGGUUGCGCUCUCGACAGCUGUCGGCUGGUUCUCGAGCGACACAAGAACCCGGCGUGAGACCUGCAGGUACCUCAGGUACUCGGAUGCCGAGGUAUAACGGCUAGGUGGUGGGAUAGACCCGGGGAAUGUUAUCCAUUUCCCUGACGCAACCGAGCACUCCCGAUAUCCCAGCCAGAUGGCAACACCGCCCGCACAUACAGUUCGUCCCCUCUUUCUCUCUCGCAUUUUGACAGUCGGGUCGGCGGGUUGCAUGCGAGGGGGGAGGGUGCCACACAGGUGCAGCUUGGCAGCAGCGAACCCGCCAGGCCCGGGGUUGCCCAAUCGGGAUCGGACUCAAGGGUGCCCUGUGGGAGUGGGCUUAUGGAAGGAGGAAGAUAAUAAUAAUAAAAAAUGGAAAAGAGCA